UAACGACCAAGAAGUGAGGAAGUUUGGACCUUCUCGGCACCACUCGGUCCAAUAUGGCUGCCCCCAGGGGAAGGCCAGGGAUAAAGGGAAAAAGCAGACCCUAAAUCCCACCUCGCAUGGAUCGUAGCGCAGAGUUCAGAAGAUGGAAGGCGCAGUGUCUGAGCAAAGUGGAUCUCAGCCGCAAGGGCAGUGUGGACGAGGAUGUGGCUGAGAUUGUGCAGCUCCUGAAUGGGAGAGAACAGUUCUUUACCACCAGUUCCUGCUCUGGUCGUAUCAUCCUCCUAGAUGAGAGUAUAAAUGGCUUUGAGGUUAAGAAACAAAACUGUUGCUGGCUACUAGUUACACACAAACCUUGCAUAAAAGAUGAUUUGAUGGUAGCUCUGAAAAAUGCAAAUGGUGAUGCUGUUUUGAAAUUUGAACCACUUGUUCUUCAUGUGCAGUGCCGACAGUUAGAAGAUGCACAGAUUCUGCAUUCAGUGGCAAUAGAGUCUGGUUUCAGGAACUCUGGCAUAACAGUGGGAAAGAGAGGGAAGACUAUGUUGGCUGUCCGGAGCACACAUGGCUUAGAAGUACCAUUAAGCCAUAGGGGAAAACUGAUGGUGACAGAGGAUUAUAUUGACUUCCUAUUAAAGAUAGCAAAUCAAAAAAUGGAGGAAAACAAGAAGAGAAUUGAAAGGUUUUACAACUGCCUACAACAGGCUUUGGAAAGACAAACUAUUACUAAGUCACAUCCCAAAGAGAAAAUCAACAAGAAAAAUAAUUCAUAUUCUCAUAAGAAAAAAAGAAACCUAGAAAAAGCACAUGGCAAAUGUAUUACUGAAGAAAAUGAUAAAGAACGUGAAAAUGAUGAUGAUACAGUAAUCAAUGCUACUGUCUUCCCUGAAGAUUACUAAGAUUUGGUUCUGAAGUGUCUUUGGUAGAAUAAUGUUUCUAAUAAUUAUUAUAAGCUGCUCUUUAUAAGAGUAUUUUAGUUUGUUGAGUGUAUCAGACAUUCAGAAAAGCAUGAUUUAAUUUUUCUCUAUAUUUUAGAGACACCCAUCUUAUAAACAGAGAUACCUUUUUAAAAUAACUGUGCAUAAUGUUUGUUCAUUAAGCAC